AGCGAUGUGAUUCAGUCCUUCCACCAGCGUGACGCCGUGAGCAGAUUUUUGUGGUUUGGAUGCUAGGAUUUAGCCGGUUUAUUAGGACACUCACAACAGCCAUGGGUAAUCCUAAGACAUAUUUCGACCUGACGGCAGACGGGCAGCCUAUGGGAAGAGUUACAUUCGAGGUUUUCGCUGAUGUCGUCCCAAAAACUGCAGAGAACUUCAGGGCUCUGUGCACCGGUGAGAAGGGGUUUGGCUACAGUGGAUCGACAUUCCAUCGCGUGAUCCCCAACUUCAUGUGCCAGGGUGGCGACUUCACAAACCACAACGGCACUGGAGGCAAGAGCAUUUACGGAGCCAAGUUCCCCGAUGAGAACUUCAAGCUGAAGCACGUUCAGCCUGGAACUCUGUCGAUGGCUAACGCAGGUCCCAACACAAAUGGUUCACAGUUCUUCAUCUGCACUGUGAAGACCGAGUGGCUGGAUGGAAAGCACGUCGUCUUUGGCAAGGUCCUCGAUGGCAUGGACGUAAUCAAGAAGUGUGAGAGCUAUGGGUCUCAGAGUGGAAAAACCAGCAAGAAGAUCAUUGUUGCUGAAUCCGGCCAGCUCUAAGCAGUGACGUCGUCUGCUAUCUAUCGUGUUGCUGUCAUCAUGGUUCACACUGCUGGAAAGCGGCGCUAUGGCGGUGUACUUGGACGUUAGAGGCAUAGUACUAAGUGCAUUGUUUGUUCACUCUGUGGAAAUUUGAAACACUUGUAGUUCAAACGAUCGCGUGUCACUACUAGUGUGAAUUGACGUGUUCUCGAUUUGUUGCUGGCUCGCUGGGUGUGUGUGCAGUACGACUCGGGUAACUACGUCUGUUCGUUCAUCCUUCACCACCACCUUGUCUUUGUGCUUUGUCCUAUUUAGAGAGUUUACAAUCAUGAUGCCGGUUACUGGCAGAUAAAGGGUUAAUGGUCAAAGAGGAGGAUGCCUGACCUUGGUGUCUCCUUGAUGAUCAUGCCAUAGCUUUGUCUAACGUGACAAAUGUUACAUUCGUACUGUGUUAAUUAUGAUAGGAAGGUGCUUCAUACCACUACUACUACUACUACUGUUAGUUCUUGUAGCUUUGCCCGCACUGUUGUUGUUUUCAAUUGACCGGAGCACCGGUGGCUGUCUGGAUCUAGCCAGGAAUAACUGCUAGACUUAUUUUAUUGGCUUACUCACUCACUACUGCUACCCGGUGCAUUCCUGUCACAGGGCCACUAAUGACAGUACUUGAUACAAAGCUCACUCACUACCUGUAUGUAUACAUUCCGUGGUUGUGGUGCAUACCUACAGCGCCAGGGAAGCCAUCUCAUAUACGUAGAGCAGUUCUGAUAAUUUAGCAUGCACAGACACUCUAUACAUGACUCGGUGAAGUUUUCAUUAUUUUUAUACACUAGCAGCUGAAUGUUCUAGUACUUGAAUAUGUGAGGGGAUGGUGGCAGAGAUCCAGGACACUGCUUGGGUGUGGGGGACUUAUGGUGUAGUGGCUGCAAGUGGAAAAGGAAGGGCUGUGUAGUCCGUUAGUCAUAAACAUUGCCAAUAAACUCGCAAGCGUUAAAAAACAACAUGCUACAAAUUUUGUUUAAAAGCCACCAAGAAAUUGUGGCAUUCUUGUGUUGUCUGGUUACGUUCAGAUCUGUUGCUUUUUAGGUGUUCUCGUUUCUUGCCGUGUCGUGAAUCCAUCCCCAAAUUCUGAUAAAUAAAACUCAUUAGUUCUGUCACAGA